UCUUGCACCGCCGCCGCGUCUUUUUUAUCACCAAUAACUACCACAGAGGAUCCCAUUUUGUUUACUCGAAUUUUAACCCUGUUAUUUGAACGAAACAAAUCUCAAAUCAAAUUAUGUUUUUUCGCGAAUUCAUUUAGUCAAAAAGAUCAACACGUUUAGCGUAACAUUUAUAUUGCACCAUGUACAUCAAACAGGUUAUAAUACAUGGUUUCAAAAGCUAUAGGGAGCAAACUGUUGUUGAACCAUUUGAUAAAAGACAUAAUGUUGUUGUUGGUCGUAAUGGAUCAGGAAAAAGCAACUUCUUUUAUGCUAUACAGUUUGUUCUUAGUGAUGAGUUCUCUCAUCUUCGCCCUGAGCAAAGACAAGCAUUACUUCAUGAAGGCACCGGACCUAGAGUUGUUACUGCAUAUGUAGAAAUUAUUUUCGACAAUACAGAUAAUCGUUUACCAAUCGAAAAAGAAGAAGUUGUAUUAAGACGUGUAAUUGGAGCUAAAAAAGAUCAAUACUUUCUAAAUAAAAAAAUGGUACCAAGGUCAGAUGUUACUAACUUAUUAGAAUCUGCUGGAUUUUCUCAUUCAAAUCCCUAUUAUAUAGUUAAACAAGGAAAGAUCAACCAAAUGGCUACUGCUCCAGAUUCUCACAGACUUAAACUCUUAAGAGAAGUAGCUGGUACUCGAGUUUAUGAUGAACGAAAAGAAGAAUCAAUUGAUAUACUUAAAGAUACUCAAACUAAAUUGGAAAAAAUUGUUGAGUUUAUUAAAACAAUUGAAGAACGAUUACAAACUCUCGAAGAAGAAAAAGAAGAAUUAAAAGAAUAUCAAGUAUGGGAUAAAAAGAGAAGAACAUUGGAAUUUUGUAUUCAUGAUCGUGAGUUAAAAGAAACUAAAAGAAAGCUAGAAGAAUUGGAUGGUAAAAUAAAUAAUUUUGAUGAAGAACAAAAACGACUUGCUUCUAAAGUUAAAGAUGCUUCUGAUCAAGCCAAAAAAGCGGCUAAGCAUUUGCGGGAUGCUAAACGAGAAGUACAAGCUGCUAAAGAAGAAAAAGAAACUCUAAGUCUAGAGCAACAAGAAUUGAUCAAACAAAAAACUAAAUUAGAUUUCAGUAUUAAAGAUUUAUCUGAUGAAGUAGAAGGGGAUAAUAAUUCAAAAGAAAGAGCAGAAAAAGAAUUAAAAAAACUUCAAGAUACUAUAAAAACCAAAGAAGAGGAGCUUCAAGAUUUAAAACCCAAAUACGAAGCCCAAAAAAAGAAAGAAGAAGAUUGUACAAGAGAGCUUGCUUUAAAAGAACAGAAAAGAAAAGAACUUUAUGCUAAACAAGGUAGAGGAAGUCAAUUUACAUCCAAAGAAGACCGCGAUAAAUGGAUUCAAAAAGAACUAAAGUCUUUGAAUAAACAAAUCAAAGAUAAGAAUGAUCAUAAAGAAAAAUUGACGGAUGAUUUAAAACGUGAUGCAGAACGACAACGCGAAUUAGAACAACAAAUACAAAUGAAUUCAAUUGAAUUAGAAAAACAAAGAGUUGCUAUUGAUGAAUAUAAUAAGCGUUAUUAUGAAUUGAAGAAAGCAAAAGAUCAACAUCAAAGUCAGAGAAAUGACUUGUGGCGCAAAGAAAAUACUGUUCAGCAUGGUUUGUCAUCACUCAAAGAAGAAUUAGCAAAAUCUGAUCAAGCACUCCGUAGCAUGGCUGGAAAAGCAAUUUUAAAUGGAAGAGAUAGCGUACGUAAAGUUUUAGAAGUAUUUAAACAAAGAGGUGGGGCUCAUCUUGAUCUUACAUCUCAAUAUUAUGGUCAAGUAAUUGAAAAUUUUGAAUGUGACCAGAGUAUCCAAACAGCUGUAGAAGUUACAGCUGGUGGAAGAAUGUUUUUCCACAUUGUGGAAUCUGAUAGAAUUGGUACUCAGAUUUUAAAAGAAAUAAAUAAUCAAAAUUUACCUGGUGAAGUAACAUUCAUGCCUUUAAACAGAUUAACUGUGAGGGAUAUAAGAUAUCCACAGUCAAGGGAUGCUAUCCCAAUGGUCAGUAAGCUCAAAUAUGAACCUCACUUGGAUAAAGCAAUGCGUUUUAUAUUUGGCAAGACAUUAAUUUGUCGUAAUCUUGAAAUUGCUACUACAAUAUCUAAACAAAGUAUGCUCGAUUGUAUUACAAUAGAUGGUGAUCAGGUUUCUUCCAGUGGAACAUUAACAGGAGGUUAUUUUAAAAAUAUGCGUUCAAAAUUGGAAAUACAAAAACAGCGUAAUGAUUUAAUAAAUCAAAUAAAAGAAUCAGAAAAAGAACAUUCUAUUUUAAAAACUCAGUUGAAUGAAGUGGAGGUCAAUGUUAAUGUAGUAGUGUCUGACAUGCAAAAGACUGAAACAAAAAAUAGUAAAUCUAAGGGUAAUUUCGAUAAACUAAAAGGAGAUAUAAGACUUAUGAAAGAAGAACUUGCUGGGAUUGAAAGAUAUCGAGCUACCAAAGAAAGAUUAUUAAUACAAGCUGCAUCAAAUUUAGAAGCUAUGCAGACUACUCGAAGUGGAUUAGAAUCAGAACUUCACCAGGAACUUAUGGCUCAACUUUCUGUUACUGACCAAAGAGAAAUGGAUAAACUAAACGAUGAUAUUCGAUCUUUGACUCUAGAAAAUAAGACUGCUUUCUCUACUCGUAUGAAAUUAGAAGCAGACAAAAAUAAACUUGAAAAUUUGUUAACCAACAAUUUAAUUCGUCGUAGAGAUGAACUUAUGCAGGCAUUACAAGAAAUAUCUGUUGAAGAGCGAAAACGAACAUUAGAAAAUAACAGAUUGGAAGUACAGUUAGUAAAGAAGAAAUUAGAAGCAUUAAAUGCUGAAGUCAAAAUUGAUGAUAAAAGAGUACAAGAAGCUGUUAAAAAGCAAAAAAUAUGCCAAGAAGAGUUAGAGAAGUGGAAAAUGUUAGAAAAAGAAGCUCAAGAAAAAUUAGACAAUGAGUCUAAAGAUUUAACUAAAGUAUCUACAAAACAAAACAUGCUAAGACAAAAAUUGGAUGAAUGUCAAACCAAAAUAAGUGAUCUUGGAGCUCUUCCCAAUACUGAACUCAUUACUAAAUUCAUGUCUUAUUCAUCUAAAAAUCUGUUUAAAGAACUCGAAAAAGCUAACAGCAAUAUUAAACGUUAUGGUCAUGUUAACAAGAAAGCUUUAGACCAAUUUAUUAGUUUUUCAGAACAAAAAGAGAAAUUAGUAUCCAGGAAACAAGAACUUGAUCGAGGACAUCAAAAAAUUGAAGAGCUCAUGAAUGUUUUGGAACAAAGAAAAUGUGAUGCUAUCUUAUUUACAUUUAAACAAGUAUCAAUGUAUUUUACACAAGUAUUUAGCAAACUUGUCCCUGGUGGAUUUGCUCAAUUAGUAAUGAAAUCAGCUGGUGGUGAAGAAUCUGCUACUCCGUGUGUUGGAGAUGAAGAUAAUAUUGAUAACUAUUCUGGAGUGAUGAUAAAGGUGUCAUUUGCUGGCCAAGGAAGUGAAAUGCGUGAAAUGAAUCAAUUAUCUGGUGGUCAAAAAUCAUUAGUUGCACUUGGAUUGAUAUUUGCUAUUCAAAAAUGUGAUCCUGCUCCAUUUUAUCUUUUUGACGAGAUUGAUCAGGCAUUAGAUCCUCAACAUAGGAAGGCUGUGGCAGACAUGAUACACGAAAUGUCAGAUCAUGCCCAAUUUAUUACUACAACAUUCAGACCCGAAUUAUUAUUCCAUGCGCAUAAAUUUUAUGGAGUUAAAUUUCGUAAUAAGGUGAGUCAUGUGGAAUGUGUUACAAGAGAUGUUGCUUAUGAUUUUGUUGAAGAUGAUUCAACUCAUGGAUAAUAAUGUUAUGUAUGAUUGUUUGAAGUUAAAACAUUUGUAUGUUGGACUGUAAAUAUUUAUUAAGUUUAAAUAUGCAAUUAGUUAGUUUGAUGUAUUUGGCUUUUAUAUAUUAAGAUAUUAAAUGAUAAUUACAAUUUCUCAAUCAAUGAG